AAUGCAAAUUAAAAUCUGAGCAGAAAAUUCCCGGGAAAUCACAGAAGAAAAACCCUAAUUGAGAUUACAGUUGAAAACUUUCUUCUGAAAACAGGAAAAAGUUGUUCACUUUAUUCAAUCUGAACAAUCCCGAAAUGGAGCAAGAAGAAACCCAAGUCGACAAAGAUUUUCCUCUCUUCUCUAAACCAUCAGAAACCCAUAAACCAAUUCAAACCAUUAAACCCCUGAAAAACCAAAACCCUAAAAAUGACCCUCAAACCCCACAAAUCGAGAAGGUCAAAUACACCAACAAUCCUGAUUCCAUCUCAGCUGAUGAAACAACUUUUCCCAAGCUGGGUCUGGCUGAAUGGGCGGUUCAAACCUGCAAAGAGCUGGGUUUGAAGCGGCCAACGCCAGUCCAAUCCCAUUGCAUACCACAAAUAUUGGCGGGUAAGGACGUGCUAGGGAUUGCACAGACGGGUAGUGGUAAAACGGCGGCGUUUGCGCUGCCAAUGCUGCACCGUUUGGCAGAGGACCCAUUCGGGGUUUUCGCACUCGUGAUUACGCCUACUAGAGAAUUGGCUUUUCAAUUAGCGGAGCAGUUUCGCGCAUUGGGGUCUUGUUUGCAUUUGCGGUGUGCUGUGGUUGUUGGUGGUAUGGAUAUGCUGACUCAGGCUAAAGCUUUGAUUAGUAGACCUCAUGUUGUUAUUGCUACGCCUGGGCGAGUUAAGGUUCUGUUGGAGCAGAAUCCUGACAUUGCUUCGGUUUUUUCUAAAACUAAGUUCCUAGUUUUGGAUGAAGCUGAUAGAGUUCUGGACGUUGGAUUUGAAGAUGAGUUAAGAGUUGUGUUUCAGAGUUUACCAAAAGAUCGUCAAACGUUAUUGUUUUCUGCUACAAUGACAAGUAAUUUGGAAUCACUGCUUGAGGUUUCUGCGAAUAGGGCAUACUUUUAUGAGGCUUAUGAAGGCUUCCAGACAGUUGAUACUCUUAAACAGCAAUACGUUUUCGUCCCUAAGAAUGUCAAGGAUGUUUAUCUUGUUUACAUUUUAUCUAAAAUGGAAGAUAUGGGUAUUCGAUCUGCCAUGAUAUUUGUUUCGACCUGCAGGACUUGUCAUCUUUUAAGUUUAUUACUGGAAGAACUUGAUCAGGAACCAGCAGCAUUACAUUCAUUUAAAUCACAGUCUCUCAGACUUUCUGCACUACAUCGAUUCAAAUCUGGACAAGCUUCGUUAUUGAUUGCAACUGAUGUUGCCAGCCGUGGUUUGGACAUUCCUACUGUUGAUCUUGUUAUCAAUUAUGAUAUUCCAAGGUAUCCAAGAGAUUAUGUUCAUCGUGUUGGGCGUACUGCUAGAGCAGGCAGAGGAGGACUGGCUGUGAGUUUUAUUACUGAGAACGAUGUAGAUCUCAUUCAUGAGAUAGAAGCUGUUGUUGGAAAACAAAUGGAGCAAUUUGAUUGCAAAGAAAACGAUGUUCUUUCCGAUAUUACAAAGGUUUACAAAGCGAAACGGGUGGCGACGAUGAAGAUGAUGGAUGACGGGUUUGAGGAGAAAGAGAAGGAAAGGAAAAGGCAAAAAGUGAAAACAAUGGAAGAAAAAGGAAUGUUAAAGAAGAAGAGAAAGAGAAAAAUACCAAAAUCUGCAGAUAAAUAGACUGAAAUGUAAAAUUAUUCAAUUAAUCCAACAAGUUACUCCUUCCAUCCCAUUCUAUUUGAGAAAAUUUUCCAUUUUUUCAGCUUAUCGAUUUCAUGGAAUGAAACGAAAAAUGCAGAUGGCAUUGGCAGUUCUUCGUAGCAUAAUGCAAAAUUCAGAUAAGAAUGUUUUUCUUUGUUUUGA